UCGCGUGAAGUUGGUACAGAAUCCAAUGUGCGUCAUGGAAAAUACGAUCUGUCCUCUUCUGUCUCUGUUCCUUCUGUUGUCUGCCUCUGUCUCGUCUCAAGGAACAGUCACCUUGGAAACCGAGGAUAAUCAAGAAACUUCACCACAGAUGUCUAGUCUGCUUUCCUUGGACAAGUUUCAAUAUCUGAAUGCUCCUAAACUUGACGAAAUCAUUACAAACGACGACUUUGAAUGCAUGUUUAGGUGCCUUCACCAUCCUCUGUGUGUUUCCGUAAACCUGGUUGCCGAAAGUGAACUGCGGUGUGAGUUACUGUCACCUCAUGAGAACAGCAAUCCUAUCGAGUACAAAGAAAAUAAGACUGCGCAUCAUUCUCACUUCUUGAAUGCUUGUGUAAGAAAUCCCUGCAAAAACAAUUCCACUUGCCGAAGCGAUUUUACUGGAAAAGGUUAUAUCUGUUUGUGUUCAACUGGGUUCAAGGGCCCUAAUUGUCAAGAAGAUGUUGAUGAGUGUGCUGAGGGAUCACAUGAGUGCAGUGUUGAUGCUGUGUGUAACAAUACCAAGGGAUCUUACAAAUGCACGUGUAAACCAGGAUACCAUGGAGAUGGAUUGACGUGCGAGGGUCCUUUCUCUCAUUCGUGCACAGAAAUUUACAAAAGUCAAAGCCUCAGUUCACAGGAGAAUAGAGCUUAUCAACUUCUAGUGGAUUAUGCGAAGGUCAAUGUUUACUGUCACAUGACUGAUGAACUUGACAGCUGCGGGGGUGGUGGAUGGACUAUGGUAAUGAAAAUGGCCGGCGAGAAGCCAAACUUCAACUAUGAUUCAGAACUUUGGAAUAACACUGAUGACUUCAAUCCUAGAGGUGGGGAGACUGGGUUUGACUUAAAUGAGACGAAGCUACCGACAUACUGGAAAACAUCGUUCUCUAAGAUUUGUCUUGGAAUGAAGCUCGGCAAUCUUUCAAGGUUCAUUGUCAUCAAAAAGGAAGCCAGCUCUUUGUACUCACUGAUCGCCGACGGACAUUAUCGUAAAACAUCACUGGGUCGUGACACAUGGAAGUCAAUUUAA